ACUUUUCCCGGGCAUCCUUGAGCUGGCCGUUAGAUCGUGCUGCCCCCGUCCUGUGAGCCCCGGGCAGGGCGCUCGGUUCCGAAGGGCUGCCACGGCUGACCGGCUCUUCCCGGCCCAGGACCCGGCCGUCUGCGGAGUUGGGGCGAUGCCCGGCAGCUAGGAAGGCCGGUCCUCUGCGUCCAUCCUCGGGAGGAACUUCGUGACUGUCGUCUUUGUGGCAUCUGGAGACUCUCCAGGGCAUGAUCCCAAAGGCUUGACCGGUCUCACAAGGAGAGUAGUUUUUCCUGACACACACACACACACGCGCAAAAAUGGCAGCUAAAAUGGAAAUAACUUUGAGCUCCAACAGCCAGGCUUCCUCCAAGCAAGAGCGACACAUCAUAACAAAGCUGGAAGAGAAACCGGCGCCCAGUCAGCAGAAAACCUGCCCGGACCCCGAGCUCUCCCGCCAGAGCUUCCGACGGUUCCGCUACCAGGAGGUGUCCGGGCCCCAGGAGGCGCUUUCGCAGCUGCGACAGCUUUGCCGGCAGUGGCUCCAGCCGGAGCUGAACACCAAGGAACAGAUUUUGGAGCUCCUGGUGAUGGAGCAGUUCCUAAUCAUCUUGCCCCCCGAGAUCCAGGCUCGGGUCCGGCAUCGGUGUCCAGAGAGCAGCAAGGAGAUCGUGACCCUGGUGGAGGAUUUCAACAGAGCAUCCAAGAAACCAAAACAGUGGGUGGCCGUCUGUGUACAGGGGCAGAAGAUGCUUUUGGAAAGAACUGGAGCUCAGCUUGGUGAUCAGGAACUGCCAGACUUCCAACCGCAAACCCUUACAAGAGAUCUCAAGGAGAGCUUUCCAGAGGACCCUUCGCAGGAAGGAUCUCAUGAGGCAUCCAGCCCCCAUCAUUGGGAGAAAUCACCACUCCUCCAAGAGCCAGCCCCCAAACUUGCUGGGACAGAGGAGUCUGGGAUGAAAAGUGACAACAAGGAGAAUCCACGGCCAGAAGGGGCCAGAGGAACAAAGUCAGGUGUCGUGCCGGCCGGCAGGCCCAAGGCGAAUGCUCUGCAGAGCCCCGAACCGAGAGGCGCAAACCUAGGUGAAGCCCACUUGUCCGGGAAGCAGGUGGGUCCCUCGAAUGCUCAGAAGCCAUAUGCUCCCUACAAGCGACAUCGCCGGGAACUGGAAUACAGCAGCCCCGUCAAAAGCCACCCGCUGAGGGAGCUGAAGAAAAGCAAAGGAGGCAAAAGAACCCUGAGUAGCCGCCUGCAGCGUCUCGCUCACCAGCCAGCCUACACGGCCAAGAAACCUUACAAAUGUGACGACUGUGGGAAAAGCUUCACGUGGAAUUCCGAGCUGAAACGACACAAGAGGGUGCACACGGGAGAGAGGCCCUACAGCUGCGGGGAGUGCGGGAACUGCUUCGGGCGGCAGUCGACCCUGAAAUUACACCAGAGGAUCCACACUGGGGAGAAGCCCUACCAGUGUGGCCAGUGUGGGAAAAGCUUUCGCCAAAGCUCAAACCUCCACCAGCACCACAGGCUCCACCACAGGGACUGAGAGGCAUUGUCGCUUCAGGUCCCAGGGAGGCCGUGAGCUGAGGCCGCUCCUUCCCCCACCUGCAUGUACAUCACCGUCGGUCCGCGUCACUUACCAAGAGAGCAAGUGGCCCUCAGGGUGUGGAGCGAUGUGAAGAACGGCGAAGAGGCUGCGGUGGCCUGGCCUGGCCUGCCCGUGCUGUGACUGGGUGCAGAUGCCAGCUCUGGUAUUGGGACAGAGAACUAGUCUCUAGCCACGUGAGAGUGACCCCCGGGAGCAUCCGAACGACUGCAGGCGGCCUUUCCUCCCUCAUGCUUUAUUUAUGCUCUACAGUAGGUCAAAGAGUCAACCGCAAGCAGUUUUGCAUUUGCUAUCAUUCCAGACAGUUACUCUCCUGUGUUCGCCUGAGCAGCUCACCGACCCCAAGGCCGUGUUCAUUGGGAAUUACCUCCCAGUCAUCUCUCUGUUCUUCCUCACUGCUCUUAACAAAGAACAAAUUAAGUGAGAAUAUAUAUGUCUACGUAAAGAGAGAAUUUCCAAGCAGGUAGGUGGUGCCUUUAGAAAACAAAGAUUGCAUUGGAGGACGUUAGUAGCAAAGCGCCUUUUAAGUUAGAGAAAGAAAAAUCUACACAGUGGCUACAGCUGCGGCCCAAGAGCCGAUGAGACCCAAGGAGUGGGCAAUGCUGCUGCGGAGCUGCAAGAGGGAAUCCUGCCUGCUCUCCUUUCUCACGCGAGCCAUUGAGUGUUAAGGAUAAAAUGGCUGCAGUGAUAAGCGUUUGAAGCUGGGCUGCAGUGGCGGCUGCACAACCCAGUGACUUUAUGAAGUCCUUGAAAUGGGUUAAUUUUAUGAUAUAUAAAUCAUACCUCAAUAGCCAUGUUGAAAAUGACAAAAUAUAUUUAUAUAAAAUGUUACUUGUGGAAAUAAGCCUGAGAGACGCUCUAGCCCCACCCCUUGCUCGCCAGGGUAGAAGGAAGCCUAAUCAGCUGUAAUUGUGUGAUUCCAGGUCACCGUGGCCAGCCACGCCCCUUCUCCAUGUAGGGAGGACUGCAGGCAGAUGCGCGCGCUAGUUCCUCAUGCAGAACGAGGCCCCCAUAGGACUCUUUAAACAGCUUCAGGUCAGUCACCUCAGGGCUGCGGCCUGUGCUCUUCUGCCCCUUCUGCUGAAGAAUGGGCAUUCACCAUGAGUAUUUCUGGGUCAUGGGGGGAGCUUUAUAUACUGUUCCCUUGCUUUGCCUUUCAUUUCUGCCACUCCUACUCUGUCCUCCCUGGAUCUCAGAAGAGCUGCCUGCGGCCUGGCACAGUGGCAUGCAUCUGUAAUGCCAACUACUUAGUAGGCAGAGGUAGGAGAAUCACUGGGGCAAGCUGGCCUCAGAUCCCAAAGUAUGAAAUCCAAUCUGAAAAAUAACUGAAAACAAAAGAAGGUUGAGGGCGUGGCUCAACUAAGCUCAGCGCCUGAGCUCAAACCCUAGUACAACCAACACAAGCGCACACACGCACGCACGCACACACAUGCACACACACACACACACACACACACACACACACACACACACACACACACACACACAAAUGGCCUGCACAGAGCCCCAGGCAGACGCGGCAGCAAACUUGGGUGAGCCCCCUGCUAGAGUCCAUACUAGGAGCGCUCAGCCUGAUAUCAGUCUUUCCCCCCAAGGGGUAGUUGACCGUUCCUGCAGCUGCUGACUCCAGGGAGGGAGGGCGGUUCCUGGCCUCUCGUAGUUGGAGCCCAGGAUCCCGCCAGUGUCCUCCAGUGCACAGGACAGCACCACAGUACAGUUUGUGGUCCCAGCAAGUAGGGGGCUCUCUCACGCUCUUUCAAGACCAGCACCUUGUUUGCCAUUAUUUUAGCUCGGGGACUUGGCCCAUGUCCAGCCAAGAUAAAGUCACUGAACGCUUGAGGCAUCUGCCAUCAGAGCGACCUCUUCCUGGCUGCAGAGCCACACUGUGACUGGUGAUGUGGCCGUGGAGCACGCAGACCUAAUCUCUGCCUUUUGCCAGUGGCCUUCCUGCUAGCCCCGGAGACCCCUGGAGAGGCUCCUUCCCACUGCUCUGUGAAAUCAUGGAGGAAUUUGGUCUUCUGCCUGCUCCAUGUCUUAUCUUACAGCCAUCCUGGCCAGGGCCUGCACUGCUCAUUGUACUUACCCCUUCCGACCCUCUCUUACUCCAGGCCUAUUUCACUGUUGUUUCCUAGUAACCUCCAAGUCUUAAUCAUGUCUGUAAUUAGUUUUUGUUAUUGCAAACUUGGUGGCAUAAUACAUAAAAAAAACUUCCACUGUGGUUCUGGAAGUUAGAAAUGUGAAUCCCUUUCAUUCAGCCCAAUCAAGCUGUGGGCAGACUGGUCCCCCGGAGGCUCUGAGAGGUGACCUGCUCCCUUGACUCCUUCUGCUCGUGGCUACCUGCAUCCUUUGGCUUGCAGCCCCCUUUUCCAUCUUCCAAGUUCAUCCUCCACCUGCCAUCGCGUCACCAUUUCUGGCCCUUGCUUUCCUCUUAGGGGACUGUGGCCCCUGGGAUAAUGUCUCCAUCUCAAGAUCCUUCGCAGGCCAAAACUCUUUUGUCACAUAAGGUAACAACUGCAGGCUCCAGGGUGUAGGAUAUGAAUGUAUUUUUUGGGGGGAGGGGGCAUGAUUUAGCCCCCACAGCAGUCUAUCUUGAGUCAACUCUGAGUAAAAAAGGAUCUGGAAAAAGACAAGAACCACAGAGUCCCACUUUUCUUUUAGGGUUGGCUUGGGGAUUCACCCUUAAAAAACAAUUUUUGCAGCUAAGUGUGUUUCAUAGACCCAAUGAGCGUGAUUCCUCUUCUGAAUACAGAUCAGAAGCUGUCUAAAUGUCUUUGUGUACCUGUUCAGUUGUGGACCUUGAAUAAACGUGGCAAAAUCA